CUGGUCUGCUCCAGUGCGCUACUCGAAAAUUUCCAUAACACAGGAGGCGGAAAGCGGUAAGAAUGGCCGCUUCGUGCAGUGAUGCACAAUAGACCAAAGAAAUCGUGACCGCACUUACGGAUACGACCGACUGCUGAAUUCCUGGAUGUAAACAGUGAUGUUGCAUGACAUGCUCCGAAAUUCUGAAUGAUUGAAGAUUGCGGGCGGAGUGGUGACACCAUGGCAGAUAGAAGGCAACUGUUUGUCGAGAUGAGGGCUCAAGAGUUGGAUUCCAUAAGGUUGUCGACAUACAGAACAGCGUGCAAACUCAGAUUUGUGCAGAAGAAAUGCAAUCUGCAUUUGGUUGACAUUUGGAACGUCAUCGAGGGUUUCCGAGAGAACGGCCUCAACGCCAUGGACCUCAACGCGGAGUUCACCGUGGCUCGCCUGGAAGCCAUACUCUCCACCAUCUUCUACCAGCUGAACAAGCGUAUGCCCACCACCCACCAGAUCAACGUGGAGCAGUCAAUCAGCCUGCUGCUCAACUUCCUGCUGGCAGCCUAUGACCCGGAAGGCCUUGGAAAGAUAUCUGUGUUUGUAGUGAAGAUUGCCCUAGCGACCAUCUGCGGAGGGAAGAUUUUGGAUAAACUAAGAUAUAUUUUUUCACAGAUAUCAGAUUCUGCUGGAAUUAUGGUGUACUCGCAAUUUGACCAAUUUCUGAGGGAAGUUCUCAAAUUACCUAUGGCUGUUUUUGAGGGCCCUUCUUUUGGUUACACCGAACAAGCCGCGAGAACCUGCUUUGCACAGCAGAAAAAGGUCUCCCUCAACACAUUCCUGGAUACGUUGAUGUCAGACCCUCCCCCUCAGUGUCUGGUGUGGUUACCACUCAUGCAUCGGCUCGCCAACGUGGAGAACGUCUUUCACCCGGUCGAGUGCUCCUACUGCCAUACUGAGAGUAUGAUGGGCUUCCGCUACCGCUGCCAGCAAUGUCAUAAUUACCAGCUCUGUCAGGACUGCUUCUGGAGGGGGCAUGCCAGUGGUUCCCAUAGUAACCAGCACCAAAUGAAGGAGUAUACGUCAUGGAAAUCCCCUGCUAAGAAGUUAUCCCAUGCACUCAGUAAGUCGCUGAGCUGUGCAUCCAGUAGAGAACCUCUUUACCCCAUGUUUUCCGAAAUACCAGGGAAACCUCUCAACCUAGCCCACAUUGUAGACACGUGGCCACCUAGGCCAGUGAACAUCACCAAUGAAUACGCACUCUCCCACUCCAUGCCUACAUCAGGGAACCCUUACUCCACCAAAAAGGCUGCUCCAGAUCUCUUGAAAGGGAAAGGGUUAAACUACAACCUCGUUGUUGCCGAUAGACUUGCUGACGAACAUGUUCUGAUUGGUCUCUAUGUGAAUCUGCUACGAAACAACCCCAAAACAUGUUUGCUGGAGAGCAGUAACCAUCAAGAUGAAGAGCACAGCCUCAUUGCCCGCUAUGCUGCUAGACUGGCUGCUGACGCUGCGGCUCAGCAGCAGAGGGUCCCCACAGACCUGUGCUGCUCUCUGGAUGCCAACAAACAGCAGAGGCAGCUCAUCGCUGAGCUCGAGAACAAAAACAGAGAAAUCCUCCUGGAGAUCCAGCGGCUGCGUCUUCAGCAUGAGGAGGCCUCCCAGCCACCACCUGACAGGGGCCAGCAGAACCCCACGCUGCUGGCUGAGCUACGACUUCUCAGGCAACGCAAAGAUGAGCUUGAACAAAGAAUGUCUACUCUGCAGGAGAGUCGCAGGGAACUCAUGGUGCAGCUGGAGCAACUUAUGAUGCUGCUCAAGACUCAGGGUCCCAGCUCUCCCCGUUCUUCCCCCAGCCACACCAUCAGCCGGCCAAUCCCCACACCAAUCCACUCAGAUUCCGCUGGCACAACGCCGACUCACACACCUCAGGAUUCUCUCAUGGGCGUGGGAGGGGAUGUUCAGGAGGCCUUCGCUCAGGGCCCAAGGAGAAAUUUGAGAAAUGACCUACUCAUCGCUGCUGACUCCAUCACCAACACCAUGUCAUCACUAGUUAAGGAGCUUAAUUCAGAAGGUGGAAGUGAGACGGACAGCAUCGUGGAUUCAGACUUUGGACGUGGUGACCUUUUGGCCACAAGCACUUUGGAUCCCUUCUUCACUGCUAAACCAAGGUACCUGUCAGAAAUACAAGGUAUUUCUGACAGGACCUCCAGUGCUGCAGAGGAGAAGAGCUAUGAGAACGACCUGGAGCAGCAGCUGGAGGACGAGCUGAAGUUGGAGGAGCUAAUGAAGCACAGGCAGGAGCCAGAGGAAGCCUGUUUGAUUCCUGGUGAGCAAUAUGAAAAGCAACAACAGUAGAAGACACUGGAAGAGACAACACUGGGCCAAUGAUAGAAAGCUGCAAAGAUAAUGAAGAAUUAAAGUGGAGACAAUUGCUGAGUCCAACCAUAGAUUACAUUUAUGUAAAGAUAUAUUUUUUAACCAACCACAUAUUUAAGAUAAUACUGUGAGCUGAAACGGAGAGAUUAAUAACUGAGCUGUCUAUUAUACCACAGGUGCCAUAAAAAUCAGACGACUUUGGGGAAUUAUUUGUUGAUUUUUAUCUUUUUUAUAUGAGUUGUCUAGUAAUUGUACAAGUACACUGUAAGUAGUACAGGCCGGCGAACCUGAUUCCUUUGAGUUCUCAUGUGUCUAAAAUGGUAAACCGGGUCUGAAUGUGUUUGUUAACUGAGAUGUGACAGAAACAUGAGAUUACAUUGGACACAAAGUUAUAGACGAUAGAAUUUACAAUGAUUUGUAAAUUUAUGACUCUGGCCUGACCACUAUGACCAGACUUGCCAUGUCCAUGGAUUUCUUACUAUUGCUGUUGAGUGGCUUUUGUAUCGUUGUUUGACUUUCAGUCUUUCUUAAACUGUGAUUCGUCAGAGUUUGUUUUAAUUUGACACAUUGAGUCAUAAUCAUGCACACUGCCUUAGCUGUUUGGAUGAGCUCUCAGCGGAGUUCAUUCAAACUGUCAAUGCAGCAUGUAGCUACCAACGUAUUGCACCUGUAAAGCAGAGAGGCUUGUUUUCUUCAUUGGAUGGAUGAGUUUGAGCUCAUAGUAAAUAUGAUGCUGGAUUGUGAUAUUGUCUGCGGAGGGUUUUAGUCUGCUACUGUCUCCAUAUAAAGUGUUGAUUAAAGAUAUGCUUUAGUUUAAUUGGUUCUGAUAGCUGAAAGUGUUUUAAAAUACGGUGGAAAUGAUGUAAAAUAAACUGGGCAUAGAGAGAACUUUCCAUAUUGCUCAAAUUCAGUGGUUUACACUGGCAAGGGCAUUGAAAAAAAUGUGUUUACGAUCAGUGGUUUAUGAAUUAAGACCAUACAUCAUUUGCCAUUGUUUAAUCCGUUAGCAUUUUUAUGCCUUCGCACAAACCUCUGUCUGACUUGCACACCAAGAUACAUACACACUCUUGUACUUUUCUGAGUGUGUGUAUAACUUUACACAGUCACUUUGGGAAAAGUGGCAAGCCAAUCUAAAAUCAUAAAUGUGUGAAAUAUAUCUAGUUUGAUUUUUGAGCAAGUUCAUACCAGUGAUUUUGCAUGGUGGUGAUGCAUAAUAAAGUGUUGACACAAUAUCACAA